AUGGCAAUAUGCCCGAAUUGCGGUGCAAGACGCCAGUGUGAUUGUGAAGCAGGCCAGUUGCACUUAGAGGAUGUGAUGGAGGUAGUGGCUUUUCUGCGGAACGAGUUAGGACUGAGUCGUGAGUUGUCGGUACGCAAUUUCUUUCUAAGUCUGACCGUGGCGACAGCGCAUUGCGCCUCCUAUAUAGCGCGGCACGGGCGGGCCAGUGAGGCGUUGAUGACCACUGUGCCGAAUUGGAAUUCGACCAGUUUGCGGCGCAUCUUGCGCCUUUUGCUUCCGUCGAAAGCCGAAGUGGAACAAAUCCUCGGACUAGCUAAGUCUUUCCCGCCCGCCGACCUGUACCAACGACUGGUCGCACUCCGCCGCCAGGGCCUCUUCGGGCUCCUCGCAGUAUACAACUGGCGAUAUAUGAGCCGGCGAUAUAUGAGCCGGCGGGCUCGCAGUCCUCCGCGAGAAACGGGUACCCCCAGUACCGCCGGUACCCCUGGUACCGCCGGGACCGCGGUCGAUGCAUCCAAAACGGGGGGUAUGCACGACGUAGGGAGUGUAUAUGGGUCGUUGCUGGAGCAGUCGUUCCCGGCAGCGGUGCUGUUCAACUUUGACAACACGGCGGCGGAAGAUUUGUUGGUGGCUUCGCUGGUGCGAACGGUCUAUAGCGUGGACAAGGCGAUCAGCACGUUAGGGCAUUCGAAGCUGGACACGGACAUGGGUGUCCGGAUUGUGCGCGCGGUAUACGUAACACCGUACGCCACACCGGUGCUCGGCAAACUCAUCCUCGCCCACGAACUCAUCCACGUCGCGUUGUGGUUCCAUACACCCCAUUGCCGAACCGGUGUGCAUAGUCUCGAGGAAGUGUUUUGCCACGCUGGCAUGUCGCUCUAUGCAGACGCGCUCCUCGCCGCAGCCUCUCCGCUCGACCAACAAAUUGUCCUCCACCGCACACGCGUGUGCGAACUAGACGCACGCCGCAGAAGCGCCGUGUGCUACGCACAGUGGCGCCAACAACUCGCUCUCAGACAUUCACAGGCCGCUCUAGACUCCUGCCUAAACGCAAUCGGAGGAACGGUCGGAAGAGGAACUACCAACGGAGGAACGACCGUCGGAGGAACGACCAAUGGAGCUUCGGGCAACACACCUGGCCAUACUUCGGGCCAUGUACCCCGCUGCGUCUUCAACAGUGCACCCAGCGGUAUCCCUGCCGGCCACAUUCCUUCUGGCCACAGUUCCAGUCACCUGACGACCGAACAGCGGUCGACCGGGCAUCUAGCAACCAAGCACAGCACGUCCAGCGGUACCGGAAACAGUGCGGGCCGCAUCUUUAGUUAG